AUGACUCUGGUGAAUGAGUCGACUAUAGUCGAUUGUCCUGAUGAAACCACUGUUUUACAACUCGACCUUAAUGCAGACACCGCAACAGAUAUAGAGGAACAAGACUCGACCCUCAUACUCGACAUCACUAAAGAGAAAAAACGGAUGGAACGGGAGGAAAACAACCGUCUCAAAACACUUGGGAUCAGAAAACGACUUCCUCGAGCAUGUAAAGGUGCACCAAUGCCAAGGUUCAGUGAGUCAUCUUUUGCUCAAAAAGAACAGAUCACAAAAGAUGGUGUGAAACAAGCUUUAAAUAAAGUGUCAAAGAAGUUGAAACAAAAAGACACAAAAAUUGUGAAAGCGCCAAAGGGUGAGGUUAUUUAUAAGAAAAAGAAGAAAAGCAAUUUGAAGAAGACAGACAAUGAGAACACAACUGAAAGUACUGAAUCUAAAGAAAUGUCAGAAGAAUCUAAUCAAGAAAUAGCAGAAGAAAAAGGAACGAAAGGUGAAGAAGCAAAACAGCUCAAACGAAGCACGUUAGAACCAAAGAAAUUUAAGAAGCCUGCAAAACUGAGUGUUUCUUUCAAGUCAUACAAAUCUUCAAAACGAUCUGAAGAACCAAAGGUAACAGAAAGUAAUACUAAAACAGCAAGUUGGCAAUAUUUUGAUCAAAAUUGGGUCGAUUUUGGGUCUGAAGACUCCGCAAGGAUCGAGAAUGAAUAUAAACAACUCGUUGACCACCCCAAGUGGACCAAAGUUAUUUUGCAAAUUGGAGACAACAAGAUCAGAUUCAACUUCAAACAAAUGUUGCAAACUGGAAAGGACAAGAUACCGAAGAGUAUCAAAAGAACGCUUAUUUGA